CUCAUCGGAGUUAUUUCACAAAUGGUUCUUUUUAUCCGGGGAUUGGUGGAGGAUAUCCAGAUUAUGAUCCCUAUGAGACUUGUAUCGAAUCUAUGUCUCUGACUCUAGUUCAUGGACCUGUCAUGCAGAUUGGUCAUUUGUUUAGCUGAACUUUGAUCAAAUUGGGAAAUUACAACUGGUUCUAUAGGGGAAUUUUUAAUAUUAUUGACUUCAUGACCUAAUUGUAAAUUGUAAGCAGAUCAGUGAUGCAAGUUAGAAUAGUAGGUAGACAGAUUGUGUGGUUUGACUUGCAGGCUUGGUGGUAAUAGUUAUUAGAAGAGUCUGUACAUGAACUUCGAAUAUGCUUUGACUUCUACGGCAACUGAAAACUUGUUUAGUUAGCUUUGAUAUUCUAUUCUCUAUUCGGAUCAGCUACAUCUAGGCAGUCUUACUAUUGUUGCCUCGACUGGGUGGUGGCUGCGGCUGUUAAAUUGUGAGAUAGAGGGCUAGUGAUGGAUCCUGGAGGACCUGGUGGGGGAGGACCGGGCGGUGGUGGUCCUGGAGGUGGUGGCUGGGGAGGCCCAGGCGGUGGUGGAUGGGGAGGCCCUGGACCUGGAGGACCUGGUGGAUGGGGUGGCCCUGGACCUGGGGGACCUGGUGGAUGGGGCGGCCCUGGACCUGGGGGACCUGGCGGAUGGGGGCCAGGGCCUGGGGGACCUGGUGGAUGGGGACCCUGGCCUGGGGGACCUGGUGGCUGGGGCUUUGGCAUGGGAGGUCCUUGGGGCCCUGGUUUCAUGGGAGGAGGACCUGGCUUUUUUGGAGGGUUUGCUGAUGGAUUAUGCAGCAUGAUAUCUUCUUGCUUCUACUUCUUGUGCUGCUGCGGUUUGCUGCAUGAAUGCUUCGGCGGCGGUCCUCAUGGUGGAUAUGGUCCUCCCGGAGGACCUCCUCCCUACUGAAUCUUGUGAUGCCAAUUUGUUUUACCACUACACUGUUUAUUUUUAGAACUGUGUUACUUUAUUCAUUGACCAGGGUACAGAGUGUGAAUUCUGAAUCAUUUUGUUAAAACUAUUCCUUUGAAUAAUCUUGUUCUUUAA